UUCAGCAUAAUCGUCUACAGUUGCACUGUAAGCAUACAAAGAAGUCUAGUCUUUGCUAAAGGAAUAUCUCCAAAAACCUAAUCAAAAUGUUCAAAUUGUUCGCUGUCUGCUUUGUAGCACUCUUCGCUGGCGCAUUCGCUGCUGCCAAACCCGCAUAUCUGGCUGCUCCAGUUGCCUACUCCGCUCCACUAGCAGCUGCUCCUUUUGCUGCUGCCUACGCCGCUCCAGUGGCCGCUGCCUACACUGCCGGAUAUGCGCCCUACAUUGCUCCCUAUGCUAGCAGCUAUACUGCUCACGGCGUCGCGCACACUGCUGCCUUCCCUGCUGCUUACGCUGCUGCUCCAUAUGUCGCCUCAUAUGCUGCCCCAGCUGUUGUUCCCGCAGCACGUUUUGUCGCUCCAGCUGCCCCCGUGGUCGCUGCUGCUCCCGCACCAGUUGUCGCCGCAGCUCCAGCUGUUGCCGCUGUUCCAGUGGUUAAAAAGUAAAUGUACCGUUAAUUUAUUGAAUUUGAAGUAAUGAAGGCAGUGAAAAGAAAUAUAAUAAAAUUGGGCUGAAUUGAAAAAAUAAGGAU